CUCAUUUUCACCCAGUAAAACCUAUUACCACGCUGCCACACCUCCAUCAGACUUUCCAGGUUUCCAAACCAGAUCAGUGGAAGGAAUGAACACAGGAUUUCUUUAUAUCAGUUAAAGGUGCAGAGUUUAUGACCACAAGGACUUUAAUGAAGCUUUAAAACAUGUAUGGUUGUUUUCUGUAAAAAAAAUGUUUAAAACCAUGUAAUUAUUCACAAGUAAUGUUUACUUCAGUUAGAAAUGAACUGAUAGACAGCGCCUGUGAUGUGAGUUACAGGAAAUCUGUCAGUAGGUAGGUUUCAGUGAGUUACCACACCCUGUUGCUUCAGUUUCAUUUUCUCUGAAUACCACGCCUCCAUUUCUUCUGCUUUCCUCCGAUGUCACUGAUCUUCACUUCUACAUUUUCUCUGUGAGCAUUAAGAUUUUUACCUAAAGAUCGUCGGUAGUUGGGCUGGGUCAGAAGUUUAACCAGCCUGCAGUGGUAAGUUGGAUACAAGUCGUAGUUAUCUUUCAACAGAAGGAGCCUCACCACCUCUGUUUUGAAAGCAGAUAGGAAAACAUCCAUCUGCAGCUGAAUCAAGAGUUAUGAAAAACUACCCAACUGUCACAUGAUCAGGAAAAUUAAGCAUCAGUAAUUUCCUUUUGUGGAGAGGAAACCAGAGCGGUCAUGGCUGAUCACGGAGAGCUCGAAGAGGGGGAUCUGCCACCGGACAUUAAGGACUGGAAUAAUCAUCAAGUAAGAGAAUGGGCUCUGAAGUUGGAACUUGGUGUGGAGUCCUCAGUUGCCGACAUAUUGUUUAGACAAGAUAUCAAUGGUCCUAGUCUUUUGCUUUUAGAUACAACAGACUUAAACAACAUGGGUGUGACUUUUGGGCCAGCAAAGCUUCUCCUUCAUGCCAGAGACGAGAAAUUAAAGAGAGAAGAGUUAACUGAUCCUACAAUGCAACCUGGAAAACCCUGCAAGCCCUAUCCGUUCUGUAGAUACCAUGAUACAUUUAGCUAUGUAGAGAGCAGCAUUCUUGAUGUUACAGAAUCAGGGGCCUCUGACUUUAUUGAACCGUGCCACGAGUAUAAAGCUUUCAUCAAUACCCCCGAUGAAGCUAAACUACUCAAGUUCACAACUGAGGUAAUUCGUUUUGCAGCUGCCUGCAUGAAUAGUCGCACCAAUGGCACCAUACAUUUUGGAAUAGGGGACAGGCCAGACUUCAUCCAUGGUCAGGUGUUAGGAGUUGUUUUUGAGGACAAAGAAUCUUAUGGAAAAGAGCUAAAAUCAGCCAUUGAUAGUUGCUUUGAUAAGCACAAAAGUGCUGCUCAGAUGUGCAUCAAACCUCCUCGAUUUGUUGAGGUUCUCAACAAGAACACCACAUCAUCUGACAAAAGUGUGAUUGAAGUGGACAUUGUUCCUGAGUCCACAAUCUGUGAAGAAAACAUCUACAACACCUACAACACAAAAAAAGGCAAGAAAAAAGCAAAAGACACUGAGUCACAACCAUCAAAGUGUUUUUAUGUCCGAGAUGGUGGUAGCAGCAGGGACCUUCUGGCAUCAACCAAACCAAUGGAAGAGUUCAACAAGUUUGUAGACAGCAUGAGUCACUUAUCACAGCUCCGCAAAAAUGCAGAAGAGAAGCACCUUACUGUGAUAAAAAGGAGUACUCAAGGCUCCAGACUGAGUCAGAUGAUCACUGGUGGCACUUUGUCUUUAGAUAAAUCCCACUUUGAGCGAUAUGUGAUUGUGACCAACAAGUCCCAUCCAAGCCACUUUGAAUGUCUGGGAUUUCUUAUAGAGCUCAACCCAACAGCUGUUUUAGACUUUGAUCCAAAAUCAGCUGAACAUGGAUUACAGAAUUACUUCGACCAGCAGAGCACAGUUAACCUUCAUUUACCAGCAAACUAUAAAAUCACAGAGGGAGUUGAGGAUAUUGCUAAAAAGUUGAAAUUAACUCGAAACACCAGCUGGGUGUUUUGUAAUGGAGGUACUGAGCACGAGGAACCCUCAGAGACUAACCAGUGGUUGAUGGAAAAGGGAGCCUCUGUGAGAGAUGUGAUUUCCUUCCUCUGUCGUAAAGAUGUGCUUCCAAACAAGAGGUUCCUUGUCAUUUUCUUACUGUUUUCAGCAGUGAGGGAGAGAAUGGACCCUCUUGUUGAAACUUUCAGUACAUUCCUGCAAGAGCUCAGAGGCACUGAACAAAUCCUCUGUAUAUUUGAGAACGAAAAAGCAUUUACCUGCUGGAGGGGCCUCAUUGAGGCUCGAUGUGGAAUCAACAUCUCUGGUAGAUGCAUAUAUGAGCUCAGUUUUUCUGAAGUCAAUGGCACAAUCCUUAGUCUGUGGUCGAAAAACCGCAGAGCCAUCCGUUUUCUACCCUGUGGUGGUGGAGCAAAAGUGCCUCUUGAGAAGAAAGUAGAGCGUAGCUUGAGCACCUUAGAGGUCCUAUGUGUGAACCAAUGUGAUGGAGGAAAUGAGGACAGAAUCGCUAUAGAGGAGAACUUCUACAAAGGAGGAAAAGUGUCAUGGUGGAAUUUCUAUUUCUCAGAGCAGCCUGGAUCCACACCGUUUAUAAAACGAGACAUGUUUGACUACAUCAUGGACACAGUCAUACCUGACUUGUGUUCCCUGAGAAAAGCAUGUGUGCUGAUCAACCUCAGACAUGUACCUGGAUGUGGUGGAACAACUUUGGCCAUGCAUGUAUUAUGGGCCCUCCGACACAGAUUUCGCUGCACUGUCCUCAAGAACAGCAAUUCUGACUUUGUUGAAGUAGCCGAGCAAGUGGUCACGCUUUUAAUGCAUUACCACGAGGAGCAAACACCAAAGAUCCCUGUUUUACUGAUGAUAGAUGACUUUGAUGAUUUGGAAAAGGUACAUGACUUGAUGCAGCUCAUUGAAAAAGAAUGUGCUCAGAAAGACAUUCAGUCCAAGUCUGCACAGGUCAUUCUCCUGAACUGCAUGAGGUCCGAGUCCUCUGAGGUGACUGAACCAACUGCAGAUACUGUCUUCAUUGGAAAUGAUCUCUCUGAGAAGGAACAGAAGAUGUUUGAGGAAAAACUGGUAGAAAUAGAGAAAACACACAGAAAUGCUGAAACAUUCUAUGGUUUCAUGAUCAUGAAGAAGAACUUCAAGUCAGAGUAUAUUCAAGGUGUGGUCCGCAACACUCUGAAAAGCUUCCACAUGAACCAGAAACAUGCCCAGCUCUUGGCUGUUUUGGUUUUGUUGAAUGUGUACUGCAAGAGUUCCUCUCUCUCCGUGUCUCUGUGUGAAGACUUUCUUGACCUUCAUCCAAAACCUGUUUGUGGAAAAAUCAAAGUUGAAGAUGGAUUUGGGAAAUUUUCCAACUUCAUUGCCAGCUGCUCAGUUGAAGGGAAGGUAGUUUUCCAAGCUGUGAAAAUAAUCCACUCAAGUAUUGCAAGGCAGUGUUUGCAGGAACUUACAACAACACACAAUGUGACAAAAGCUGAAAUUAGCGACCUUCUGCUGACCACAGACCAGCUUUACGAGAGCACACAAGGCAAAGGGAAUCUCCUCCAAGAUGUUCACCACAUUUUGGUUAGGAGAAUUUUCUCAAAAGAGGAAUCUCAGUUCUCUCCUCUCAUUCAAGAUAUUGCAACUGAAACGCCUGGACUGGAAGAGAAGGUGCUAAACAGUGCAUCAAAAAGAUUUAAGAAAGAUGCUAUCAUCUUUCAGUUGCUGGCCAGGUACUACUACCUAAAGAAGAAGGAUUUCUCCGAGGCUAAAUUUUGGGCAGAAAAAGCAAAAGAGCUUUCCAGAGACAGCUCCUAUAUUGCAGACACAUCAGCACAAGUUCUUAAGCAUGAGUUGAAACACGCCAUUGCAAACUGCACGCCAGAGUCUGUUAACCCAGAAAACAUAGAAAAGUUUCUGAAAAUGGUUCAGUCAGCAUUGGACGCAUUUCGUCAAGCACAGACCCUUGCAAAGAAAGAGUCCCUUCAGCGAUUAAAUGUCAAAACAGAUAACUGCCCUUUCAAUACUUCGGGGUGCCUAGGAGAAGUCCAGGUUGGAGUACUCGUCAUUGAAGUACUCAGAAAGACCCCUGUAUUUACUGAUGACACUGUCCGCCAUGACAUAAUGAGCCAGGUUCUCAGUGGAGACGUUAAACUUGAGCAAGUCGAAAGAAAUGAUCCACGACGCAAUAAAAACAGAAACUACUAUGUCCUUCUGAAGAAGUUUGAAGAUCUACUUUCCAGCCUGAAGUAUAGGAUGAAGUUGAACAUUGACUUCCUUGACAAUCUGUAUGUGAAUCUAGGAACCAGAUUUGGGAUGAAAGACAGUCGUGAGCAAGUGGCCCAAAAUGAGCUUGUCAGGUGUUUCAGACAGUAUGCAGUGGUUUUCUGCAGAACCGCAUCUCGUUUUAAGAGUGAAGAGUUAAAUAUAAAGAUGACUCUCUUCCAGAAGAGACAGUUCCUGGAGAAUAACAAAGCUGAUACGUACUCUGGGAUUCUGAAUUAUCUCUCAGAGGACAACUCCGCUGCAAUGAUGGAGAAAAUUGUCAGAUGUUAUCAGUUUGUUUGCGGUCAACAAAAACCAGAUGCAAAGGAGAGGAUCAACUUCAUCUAUGCCAAUGUUGUGUUGAGUUGUAUCAAACUGGAAUCACAAUGCGUUCUGCCAUAUCAAAAGCUGCUAGACCUCCUCAACCAAGUUCUGCGUGAGCAAUAUUCUUUACGUGACUGUUUGCCACUGAUGUUCAUCACUGUUGUGCUUUUGUGGCCACAGCUGCAAAGUCAGAAAGAUAUGAAUCUGGGAAGGUACAUCUCACAGAUGAAGACCUCGUAUCAUGAGGCGAUGAAGGAAGUGUACAAUGGCAAGAGUCCCAUUGUCCAUUUCCUGUUAGGGAAGAAACGUGGCUAUGAGCGACUGGUGCACGUUGAAGAAAUCAAGAAGUGCAUCAUGGUUGGGCAGGAGGACUUUUCUUCCAGGUGGGGCAAUGGCAAAAUAUGGAAAGACAAAAACGUGAAGGAGCUCCUUUGGAGGGUCACAGGCGAGGUGAAGAAUAAAACUGGGAGGACUGGGAUAAUGGCAGAAACAUGCUUCUCAGAUCUGAAGGUUGAAGUGGCUCCGAUGUAUCGAAGUCAGAUCAGUGGAUAUGCUGAGGGAUCCAAAGUGUCAUUCUUUGUUGGCUUCUCAAUGAAAGGCCCUCUUGCACUUGACAUUGAGCUUGAACGUUAAAGGAGCCCUUUCAUGCUGAUCAUGGCUCCAUCGGUCUCAUUCAGUGGUAGGAUUUUUCUGAAAUACACUUUUUGGUUAUAAAAGAAGUAUAAUCUUACUGUCAAGCUCUCAAUUUUUUUUUUCACUGUUACACAUGAUUCUGUUUUUGGGGAAAUAAAAGAGAAAGUUUGUUUUCUUAAUUAUCUUUUUUUUCAUGUGAUCAAUAGUUUUAGUAUAGAUGUAUGAAUUGAACAUUUAGAACCAUCUAUUUGACCUGUAAUCAUUUUACAGUAUAGAUGUAUAUUUUUGAUUCUUGCUUCCAUUAUUCAUUUGAAUGAAAUACAAACUCCCUCUCUUACUGAGAUAAACGUUGACAGAGGGUCUGAAUGUUUUCAUUUUAUUUUAUUAGUUAUAUACGAAUGUUACAAUGACUUAAAAUGUAAACUUUUAUCUUUUGUUAUUAUGUAUUAGAAUAUGAAUGUUUUUCUUUUACAUUCCAUGAAUAACAAGCAUGAACACAGAGUUUUGUUAACCUUUUCUUUCAAAGAUUACUUUGCUGGUAUUCAUAGUUGCAUAGUUGAAAGAAAAAUGUGUCAGUAGGCUAUAAAUCAAUAAAACAUUUUCU